AUGUUAGAACCCCCCAUAUACGAGGGUUAUUCAGAAAGAGUAAAAGUAGUAAGAACUUUUGAUAGGGCAAUUAGUCCUAUAAGGUUUGUGAAUGAGGAGAUUUUAAAAUUAGAUUUAGAAAAACAUUUUAUCUUGUCUAUCAUUGAAAAGAUUAAUGAUAAAUAUUAUGUAGGGCAGGCUAAAAGUUUAGGUGUAAGAUUAAAUCAGCAUUUUUCAAAUGGCGAGUUAGAUGCCCUAGAAAAACAAAAAAUUGAGGAAUAUAAUUCAUUUGAUGGAGGUUAUAAUGGCACUGACGAAUUUUCUCGACUAUUUGCUAAUUUGAAUGCUGAACUAGAAGGAGACAUUCAAGAGGCUAUUAAAAAACUGGCAAGACUAACAGUUCCUUAUAUUCGAGCCAAAAAUUCCCUAAGAUUAGAGGAGCAUUAUGUAGCAAAAGGGAAAUAUAAACCCGGUAAGCGUAGUUCUUUUGACUUAACAAAGCAAAAGUUAAAUUGGUGUUACGAAAAUUUUGAAGACGACGAAAAAUUUGCGGCUAUUUCUCCUUAUUUGGAUAAAGAGACUUAUCAAGAUUUAUCAGGCUUUCGAGAACUUAAAAACAAAGUAAAAAAACUGUCUGACGAGUACAAUCUUUCAAAAAAUGAUGAUGACGAUGAUACAAAAGCAGAAGAAAUAAUGUAUAAAAUUAAAGAUUACGAAAAUCAAUUAGCAACUGCUCUCAAAGAAGUACAAGAUAAAGCCUGGCAAAUUCAACGAACGCAAAUUGAAGCAAAAUCAGAGAUUCAAGGGGUAAAUCAAAAUCCAACCUCUUCUUCCCUUGAUUGA